ACUCUCACAACACACACGGGCGGGGUUUAAGCCACUACACGGCUUUCUUUUAGGUAUUUAAUACUUUUCAUUGUAAAUUACACGCACUCUAAAUCAUUGCAUUGAUUGGACUCCGGGAAAAGGAAAAAGCAUAAGGUUACUGACAGUCCAGGGCCCGCUCAGUGUAAAACUGUCUGAAGAACCCUCACUGCAGCUAUCUAUAGUGAUGCUCGCUGCUGAGCGCCGCCCGCCCUGCGCCAUUUUGAAAGUGUAAGGCUGGGACAGGCAGGGGAGAGGGAAAUCUUAAAGUAGAGUGCAAAGUCUGAAAUCCAUUGCAGAGGAUUGUGGUCUGCUUUCUUUGCUUGAAAACGCUUUCUUACAGUUUCUAUCCAUCGGGACUGAGACUGGUUCGGUCCUCGGAGUCAUCAGCAGCACUUACAGGUUUCUUCCUUCAUUGCUCAUCAGUCAGAACCAGCCGAGCCGACCCGGGUCAGCACUGCUCCAGUCCAGGGCCUGAGCCCGUAUCAGAGAACCUCGGUGUGAGUCUCUCACCAUGGCAGGGGCCGGUGGGAACACUGAUGUGCAGUGGUGCUUUUCCCAAGUCAAAGGAGCUAUAGAUGAUGAAGUCGCAGAAGCUGACAUUAUAUCCACUGUUGAGUUCAACCACUCUGGCGAGCUGCUUGCUACUGGGGACAAGGGUGGCCGUGUGGUCAUCUUUCAGCAGGAACCAGAGUGUAAGAGUCAGCCGCAGUGCAGAGGAGAGUACAAUGUUUACAGCACCUUCCAGAGCCACGAGCCAGAGUUCGACUACCUGAAAAGCCUUGAGAUCGAGGAGAAGAUCAACAAGAUUCGAUGGCUGCCUCAGCAGAAUGCGGCACAGUUCCUCUUGUCUACAAACGACAAAACCAUCAAGCUGUGGAAAAUUAGUGAGCGUGACAAGAGACCAGAGGGCUACAAUUUGAAGGAGGAAGAUGGAAGAUACAGAGAUUUCAAUACAGUUACCACUCUGCGGGUUCCAGUAUUCAUGCCGAUGGACUUGAUGGUUGAAGCCAGCCCUAGACGAGUCUUUUCAAACGCUCACACUUACCAUAUCAACUCCAUCUCAGUCAACAGUGACUGUGAGACAUACCUGUCUGCUGAUGACCUGCGUGUUAACCUGUGGAACCUGGAGAUCAAUGACCGCAGCUUUAAUAUUGUUGACAUUAAACCGGCCAACAUGGAAGAGUUGACCGAGGUGAUCACAGCAGCCGAGUUCCACCCAAACCAGUGCAACACUUUUGUCUACAGCAGCAGCAAAGGCACCAUCCGCCUGUGUGACAUGAGGGCAGCAGCGCUGUGUGACCAGCACACCAAACUGUUUGAAGAACCAGAGGAUCCCAACAACCGCUCAUUCUUCUCUGAAAUCAUCUCCUCCAUCUCUGACGUCAAGUUCAGCCACAGUGGUCGAUACCUGAUGACACGCGACUACCUGUCUGUCAAAAUCUGGGAUCUCAACAUGGAGAGUCGGCCAGUAGAGACAUAUCAGGUGCAUGAAUAUCUCAGGAGUAAGCUGUGCUCGCUUUAUGAGAAUGACUGCAUCUUCGAUAAGUUUGAGUGCUGUUGGAACGGGAACGACAGUGUUGUGAUGACCGGUUCUUACAACAACUUCUUCAGGAUGUUUGACCGAGGCUACCGUCAGGAUGUGACUCUAGAGGCGUCGCGGGAGAACAGUAAGCCUCGAUCCAUCUUGAAACCUCGCAAAGUGAGCACAGGUGGGAAGCGCAAGAAGGAUGAGAUCAGUGUAGACAGUCUGGACUUUAACAAGAAGAUCCUCCACACUGCCUGGCAUCCUCUGGACAACAUCAUUGCUGUUGCCACCACCAACAAUCUGUACAUAUUCCAGGAAAAACUGAACUAACAGUUUUUUGCUUCUCCUUCACACAUACAAACAAUAUCUGACUUUGGCUGAAUCCCAAGUUUUGAUAUGAUCUGCUUUCUGUGGGUUUUGGAAUUAAUGUUCUAUGUCCAAGAAAAAUACACAAGCACACUUUCCAUGUGUAUUUAAAAUAUCAUUCAGGGUGUAUAGCUCUAAGUCUAUUACUUGGGAUUUAUUGCCUUUAAUUUUCUGCAGCAGGAACUCGCUUUUCACCAAGCAAACGUUUGCUACUCCACUACAUCCCAAACCAAAGGGAAACUGUGUUCAAAGCGCACGUUUUGCUUUUGUCUUUGAUUAUUUGUGCCAUGCAGACACACUUUAUUUGUAUGUCAUAGCUACUAAUCGUUCCAAGUAUUUGUAGCUUCUGUGUUUGAUUAGUUUGAUUGGAAAUUCUUUCUACUCUUAUUUUUUUCUCACCAAGUUCCUUUUUGAUUGGCCUGAAUCGCUGCUUUUACAAGCUGUCAGCACUCCAUACCUUCGCCCCAAGUAUUGUCAAGGUGCCAACUUCCCUCACCACUUUGAUACUCAUUAGCUCAUUCUCUACAAAGGUAUUGGGCUUGCAUUACUGCUGACCUUUGUCCACAACAGCCUACAUUGAAGAGAUCAGAUUUGAGGACAGCCGCUGGUUCAUAGUCAUUUCUAUGCUGCUAAGAAAAUCCUCUUAUUUGAAGCAGACUUUUUCCCCAUCACAGUGAACGUUUUGGUAGGAAAACUCAAGCCCACUGUAGUAUUUAACAACCUAAUCCAAUGAAAUUCAACCAAGCGUCCAUUUUUCCCCACCUUGAAACUAGCAUUCAGCAUAGUUUGAGAACAGUCCCUGAUCUCAGCUCCUCGGCCAUCACCUGACAAAUGUUCACCGAUCUAACAUCAUAUUUCAAACCUGUGAGCUGAUUUUCAUUGUGUGGAGAAAUGACAGCAUUUAGAUUAAAGAUCAGCAGCAAUGUGCAUGUCAUUUUUAGUUAAGAGCUCGAACAUCUGAAACACCACCAGGGUUGUCCUUGAUCAUGUCAACAUGAAAAGCAGUGCGCGUAGUUUUCAGGUUUUGUGGUUUAGGAGUUGGAUGAGGCCUAACCGUGCCAAAGUUAGUAACAGUCCCGUGCUAGUUAAAUUAGUUUGAAGCUGUCCGUCUGUCAUGCUGGUCACCUUUUCACCGUUCUCAGCUCAGGAUAAAAGCUUGUAUAAGUGGAUGGGCAUAGAGUUGUGAUGCAGCCUGAUUCUGUCUUGGUCUGAGGCUGCCGUCUUGUUUCUUCAUUGCUAAAAGGUGGACUGCUUUUCCCUCUGAAUUUAGUUUUCUGUUUUUUAUGAUGUUUUGUACUGUACCUGAUAAAAGACAAAUAAUCACUAUAGAUUUAUUUUUGUAUGAAUUAAGGCAAUAGGAUUACAGUCUGAUCACUGUAGUUUCUUUAGCUGUCUGUCUCAGAGCGAGUAUAGAUGGACGGUUGCCUCACCAGGCGACCUUUUGGUCACGACUUUGGGACGUUUUGUUGAUUCUGGCAGGUGUUUCUUUAAGAGCUACGGACUUCUUGUGACAUCAAGGAGAGUGUUUUGUUUCUACCGAUGUCCAAAGAAAGUAUUUCAGGUGUUAGUACCUCUGUAGUCAUAAGCACUAUAACAGUUUUAUUUUUUUAUUUUGGCUGUAACUGGUGUUUUCUGUAGGACUUAUUUUGGACACUUCAGUUAGACUGUCAAGAAUUGGAUGGUUUCAGUUCUGUUUAUGUGCCAUGGUUUAGUUUAUACAUCUUUUUUUUUUUCUUGCUGUGAAAUUUUAGACCUUUGAGGGUCUAAACAGGAGUCAUUCUAGUCGACAUUUAUUGUUGAUUUUGUACUUUUCGAUCAAGUUAUCUCUAAAGUUAGUCAAGUCAGUUGACUAGACAAUGUCUUCUCCCUCCUGAGAAUAUGGACUUGUUUAUUUAAAAAAGGAGAACUUGUGAAGCACUUGAUUUGCAGAUGAUUGUUGUGUGGAAAGUUAAACAUGGGAAACUACUUAAAAAUGUUAACUCUGCUGUUUUUCUGCUUCCUUAAUCUUCAGACACAUGCUGCCAGUUUGUUUCUGAAAUGAAUGAUAAAAACCACAUUUGUCAUUCACUUCAAAUUACGGUUUGAUGACAUUUGAAGCCAUCACAAUUAGCUAAUCGUCUACUGGAUCUUAUGUGUACUAUACUUGUGCUCAUGCCCCCAAGAAACUGUCGUGUCACUCUCUCAGGGCUCUGAGUAAUAUCUGCUUUGGAUGAGACACUUCGCUAGUCUUCUUUUUUUUAUUUUGCAACAAUAUGAAAAAAACCUUUAUCAUCUAUUGCAAACUUUUAUUUGGGAUAUUCAACAUAUUUUCCUCAUGUCAUGUAUGCAUAAACAUUUGUAACGACGCACAUUUGUCCCAUCUCACAGUCAGGGAUAAUACAAACAAUAAGCAUCAAUCAACAUGGAGAAAUGCAAACAUCUCUUGAAUAUAAAGUUUAUGAAUUAGAGUUGAUGAAUUCUCCUUUUUGAUGAACCCUUUUUAAACAUCUGUUUUUGUUUGUUUCAACAAAUAGCCAUCAUAGACUGAAGAUGUUUGGAGUAAACUGUUAAAACUAACCAAUCAUCUUUCCUGCGCUCCUUCAUAUGUGACCAUUGUUUGAUGCUAUGACAUAGACCACUAAGACGUACAGAAGAACCCUAAUGCCUUUUUCUAGCAUUAAGAAGAAAUAAGAUAAUCAAGUAUGUUUCUUGAACCUUCUGCUCAGGGGAAUUUACUGCUGCUCCAUGAUCAAAACCAUAACUUUACAAUAGAGCAGCUUUUCAGGACUUUAUGAAAAUGGCCUUAUUUACCAAAAGAUCCUACAUUUUUGACUUUCAGGUCACUAUAAUGGUUGUUGAACACACCUUGGAUUUUGCUUGCCCUAUAAAGUCAUCGUCAAAUUCUCUUAGGAAACUGUAAAAUGCAGUUAAAAGGUUUUUCACUUGAAGCAGCAAUAUAUAUACAUGUAUCACAGGAGUUUAAAAUGAAAUGCACUUUUUAUUGUUGUGAAUUUCAUGAUUUUUUUUUUGUUUUCAUUUCUUUGAAGGGGCUCUAAAAUAAAUAUGGUAGGAGAAUUUUGGUGAUCUGUUUGGGAUAAAAAGCUACAAAUUGUUCAUUGUACAGCUUUGUUUGUCUUUGUAAAGUGGAAUUAAGUACAAUUUAGAUGAGAAGUAAUAAAGAAUUUCAACUUUAAA